AUGGACGGAGACUGGGACGAGGUCGCCCGCAUCCCCUUUCCGCCUCCGGGCGUCCACGCCAUGGCCACGCCCGUGACGACCAUGACGUUCGACACGGCGCAGGAGCUGCUGUGGACUGGAAACGAUUAUGGUCGAGUCACGUCCUUCUAUGGCAGCGAACUCCAACGAUAUACUUCCUUCAAAGCUCAUACCACCCCCGAUGGCCCAGUACGACAAAUCCUAGUAAACGAUAAGGGAGUUGUGGUGCUGGGCUCUCGAGAUAUUCAUAUGGCCUCGCGGAAGGGGCCCCCUAUUUGGCAUAUUAGACACGAAGAUAUGAAAGACUUACGAUGCAUGAGUUUUACGUCCAAAGGGACUUCCGAGAUCCUUGUCGCCGGUUUUCAGGACACCAUGUUUGUGAUCGAUCUCGCAAGGGGCGAAGUUGUUAAACAGGUUCCGACGGCACACUCUUAUAAAGUCAUGAAGAGAAGCAGAUACAUCUGCGCUGCAACGAAAGACGGCACCGUCAACCUAAUCGACCCUGUCAGCUUCUCGCUUGUCAAAAGCUGGAAUGCACACUCGGCCCUCAUCAGCGACAUGGACGCUCAGCAUGACUUUAUUGUGACUUGCGGUUAUUCCCUGCGCCAAGGCCAGAAUUACAUGCUGGAUCCCUUCUUGAACGUCUUUGAUAUCAAAAAGAUGUCAUCGAUGUCGCCAAUUCCAUUUCCCGCCGGUGCCGCCUUUGUCAGGAUGCAUCCGAGAAUGUCGACCACUAGCAUCGUGAUGUCUCAGAGUGGCCAGAUGCACGUCGUCGACUUGAUGAAUCCAAACACUAGUAAUGUGCGGCAAGCCAACACGAUGACAUAUCUCACCAUGUUCGAGAUUGCACCAUCUGGCGAGGCCGUUGCCCUUGCAGAUGCGGACUACAACAUUCACAUCUGGGGUUCUCCUUCUAAACUCCGGUUUGUUGAUUUCGCAUCACAGACAGAGUUUGCGACCCCUGAGGAGCCGCUCCCAACCACGGAGUGGACUGCUGAUACGCCUUUGAACUCUAUUGGCACUCCUUACUACCGAGAUGUAUUGCUCUCGGCUUGGCCAGACCUUGCUUCCGACGUUGGAGCGCCUCCUACCAAACUUGACCCCCAGUUUCUUUCCGGGCUCAAGGCAACUGACUUUGGCAUGUAUGGGCGUAACUCGAGAGGCCUUCGGAGAAACCAAGUAGAAGACACUCGCAACUUGGACAAGUCCAAUGCAUCGGGCAUUCUGGCGCCCAAGUUCCUCAGUGAGAAGGCCAGAGAAUUUGCGAAGACCCCGGUUACAGGCGAUGAUGAAAUGCCCGAAGACGUUGCAAACUCGCUGAUGCAAAUGGAGAUUGAUCCUUUGAAGUCGGAGUGCCCUCCAAUGUAUCGGAAUGUGGAGAUCAAGUACAGCAAGUUUGGCGUUGAUGACUUUGACUUUGGAUUCUACAACAGAACUCAGUAUUCCGGACUCGAAAUCCACAUCGCCAACUCUUACGCAAACUCUUUGCUUCAGGUCAUGCAUUUUACGCCUCUGAUCCGAAACACGGCUCUUCAACACGCAGCGACUGCCUGCGUUGCCGACACAUGUUUACUAUGCGAACUCGGUUUUCUGUUUGAUAUGUUACAGAAAGCCGAAGGCUCCAUCUGCCAGGCAACUAAUAUGCUCAAGACGCUUAGCCAUCACCCCCAAGCUGGCCCUCUUGGUCUUCUCGAAGAAGAUCCCAACGGCUCCACUCUGACAGUCAUGUUACAAGGCCUGACCCGAUUUCUUCUGGACAAGAUUGUGCAAGAUUAUAAGUCGAUACAGCCAAGCUCGAGUUCGAUAGAUCAAAUGCUGGCAACUUCAGCAACAAGUUCAAUUCGGUGCAUGAAUUGCAGAAGCGAGUACACUCGACCAGCUUCGGGCUUUCACAAUGAUCUGAUGUAUCCACAAGCGAAUAAGACUACAGGUCGUAACCAGAAGACUCCCAAGGUGACCUUCUCCCAGAUCCUCAAGUCCAGUGUUGAGAGGGAGACGACGUCCAAGGGCUGGUGUAGCAGAUGCCAGCGAUACCAGAACAUUGCAGCUAGAAAGACCGUUCACAGUAUUCCGGCUGUCUUUAUCUUGAACACCCUUAUAUCCAGCCCGGAACAUAGACGCUUUUGGUCGACGCCGGGUUUCCUGCCUGAAGAAAUUGGCGUCAUAGUAGAUCAUGGACAGUUCUUCUGCUACGAAGGCGAAGACCUGAAGCUCCAUCUCCAGCGUGGUAUUCAUAACAUCACAGUGUACUCUUUGGUCGGUAUGGCUGUGAACAUCGAUCCUGGUCCAGGACAGAAGCCACAUUUGGUUGCCAUGGUCAAUGGUUUGUUUACCGAAUCACAUUGCGAGGCGGCAGAGCUGACAGAUCGUUUAGUUGCCCACGCCCAGCCCCAGGCUCCCCAGGCAAGCCAGUGGCAUCUCUUUAAUGAUUUCCUCGUACGGCCCGUAAGUACUGAAGAGGCGCUCUCAUUCCAUCCUGCAUGGAAAAUGCCGUCAGUGAUUGUGUUCCAAUUAAAGGAGGCCAACAACAAAAUCGACAAUGAUUGGAAAAAGAACAUUGACACCUCUCUUCUCUAUGAGGAUAACAACCCCAAUGUCGAUGUCAAGACAUAUCGCGCGCUUGAUCCAGUGACCGAACAGCCUGGGUCAGAGAGCAUCGUCGCGCUCGAUACCGAGUUUGUUGCUGUUCGUCAGCCGGAAAUCGAAAUGAACUCGGAUGGCGAGAGAGAGACUAUCCGACCGAUUGUGUACGCUCUCGCGAGAGCUUCGGUCGUUCGGGGUCAAGGAGAGGAUGAGGGUCUCCCGUUCAUUGAUGACUAUAUCUCCAUCAGAGAGCCCAUCGUGGAUUAUCUUACAUCAUAUUCCGGUAUCACACACGACGAUCUUGACCCUCGAGUGUCCAAGCACAACCUCGUACCUCUGAAAGUCGUGUACAAGAAGCUGUGGAUCUUGCUGAAUCUAGGCUGCAAGUUUCUUGGCCACGGCCUCAAGCAGGAUUUCCGAGUUAUUAAUAUCCACAUCCCCAGGUCUCAGGUUAUCGACACAAUUGACCUGUUCUUCCUGAAAUCCCGUUUGCGCAAGCUAUCAUUGGCUUUCCUGGCCUGGUAUCUGCUGAAGGAGGACAUCCAGCUGGAAACCCACGAUUCAAUUGAGGACGCAAGGACGGCACUCAAGCUGUAUCGCAAGUACUUGGAGUUCGACGACGCGGGUGUGCUAGAGCCAAUGCUUCAAGACAUCUAUCGUGCCGGCAGAGAGAACAAUUUCAAGCCGCCAAAAAGAGGCCAAGAUGUUCAAAGGAUUGAUACUCCACCUCCGCUUCCUAGCGAGGCAGCAGUGGCCCCCACGACACCGUCCAGAGUUGGCCAGUCCUCGAGUAAUGGCUUUGGGGCAGGGUCGACCUGGACUCCAGGAAAGGGGUCGCCACUUCGAUGA